GGCAAGAGUAGCAACACAUUUGAUUUUGAGAAGCAAGACAAGUCUUUCACGCAACUCUUCUUAGUUCGCGGUCAUUGAAGACCGCACCGCAGGUGUCUGAAUGUGACGUUGCUCGGGUCUGCUGUCAAACAGCUGUUUCUUCGUAAACAUGGACGAACAAGAUAUACCAAUCGACAUUCAUGCUACAAAACUUGUUGACUGGUUGGUUUCCAGACGACAUGUGCAAAAAAAUUGGCCAGAUAAUGUACAGGUGAUUCGUGAGAAAAUAAACAAUGCAAUCCAAGAUAUGCCUGAGCAUCCAGAAGUAACACGCCUAUUGUCUGGCACUUAUAUCAACUAUUUUCAUUGCCUGAAAAUUAUAGAAAUUUUGAAGGAGACUGAGAAGGACAGUAGGAAUAUAUUAGGCUGGUAUGGUUCCCAACGUAUGAAGGAUUGGCAGGAGGUAGUAAAACUGUAUGAAAAAGAUAAUGUUUAUUUAGCUGAAGCUGGACAGCUUUUAGCUCGGUAUAUCAGCUAUGAGAUUCCUGCAAUUAAACGACAGGUUUUGAAAGGAGUUCAGAUGCAACAGGAUUUUGAUAGAAGAGAUGCAGAAUGUGUUAAGGGAGCAGCUACUGCUAAGAAGAGAUACACACAGAUGUGCAAAAAAAUUGGCAUUGAAGGAGAAAAGAUCAAGCAUGAGUUAGUUGAUCUACUUAAAACUCUCCCAAGUGAACUGGACAGCAUUGCUGAUAGUGCCAAGACUCUUUCAAGUGCCCGUGCUCUGUAUGCAGAUUUUGUCUCUUUUGUUGUUAAGAACAAUAAAAGUGAAUGUGUUCCCUUACUAAAAUAUAUUAUAGAACACGGUAAUGUAACAACCUAUGAGUGGACAUAUGGUGAACCACCCUGCCAGAUUGAAGAACCAAAACUUGAUAUUGAAUUAGAAGAUGACUGUGUUGAAACAGCGGCAGAUGAGAUUGAUUUUGGAGAUUUACAGGACCCUCAAGAAAUAGAUUUUGGUUCAGAUUCUGCAGGUGGAGAUAUAGAUUGGGGAAAUCUGAAUGCAGAUCAGCCUGUUGAAAUUGACUGGGGUAUUGGAGAGGCAGAGGGUGACAUUGCAACAGAUGAGAUUGUAGUUGAAGAGUCAGGAGUAGGAGGAGGAAUUGCCAGAGACACUGAUGCCAUGACUCUUCUGCUGAACCCUAAAACUCGCCAGCAGUUCAUUGAUGAAUUAUAUGAGAUGGAGGGAUUUCUGAAGCAACGAAGGUUAGAAUUACAAACUGAAGGAAAUAUAUUGUCAAUGAGUCAGUUUACAUCAGCACCUGCAAGUGUACAAGAUCAGACAAUAGAAAAAACAGAUGAAAUGUUAUCUAAUGUCCAAUCAAUUAUUGCCAAGAUUUCCACUACAAAGUUACAGCAUUUAUUUUUGAUCAGCUCUUCACCAAGGUAUGUGGAUCGUGUAGCUGACUCUCUGCGUUCAAAACUUACCUUGGUUGACAAAUUAGCUGAGACUCGGAAAGCCAUUGCAGAACGCAAGAAGUGUGCUGUCGAAGAGCAACAACUCCUCAUGCCAAAGUUAUCCUUAUUUGUUGACCGCAUCAAGGAAUUACAAGAAAACAUAGAAGAACACAUUUCAAAGCGAUAUAAAGGCAGGCCUGUUAAUUUAAUGGGGGUUAAUCUUUCCAAAAAUGUUUAAAAAUUCAAAGUACUGUAUGCCACUUGAUAGGUGUAUGUAUACUAUGAAUAUCUUCUAUUUUUCAAAAAUUGUUGCUAAAUACUUUGAAAUAAAUGAAUUCCAUUGCUAA